CAGCACUUCCAGACACGUUUCUCGCAGAAAUUAACCUGUUUGGACUGAACCCAAAUCAACGUAAGCUUUAACUAGAACAAUCCGCAAAGUGCGUCCUACGCAGGACCAACGGCUGCAGAGUACCCGUCUCUCACACUAAAUUUCCUCCAUCUUUGACCACUCGUUAUAUAUCGGCAUAGCAGUACAGGCCCUUUAACGCGACAACCGGGAGGCAUGGCAGCGCGACCGCUCCUGUACUACCUUCCAUUAAUACCUAUUGGAUGCAUGAUAUGUAUGAUUAUUGGGGUGGGCGUCUGGGUCCACUACACUGUUGAGGCGCUUAACCAACUUGAUUACGCAGUCCGGCUGCUAGGCCCUGCUGUCACAGCCAAUGACCUAGACCGGGGAAUAGCGGCCGUGAAGGGGACAUCGGCAUCGUACCUCAUCUUUGCGUGCGCGCUGUUCGGGCUCGGGCUGUUCAGGAAGCUGCUGAGCCUGCAACAUGACAUGGCAGGUCCCAACGACAAGCAUCUGCGGAUCUACCGCGCAGCAAACGCUGCCGUACACUACAUCUGGUGGCUCAUCAUGGUCUGGAUUGUCGUACUCAUGAUGGGGCUUGCCGUACUAGCCAUCCUUUCCUGGGUGAGCUACCGUGCGGUAGGCCAGGUACUGGACAACCAGGUUGCCGUGCGAUCACAGUACGACACGUGGAUCGCUAGUACGGCAACCGAAACGGGAGUUAGUACGGCAUCAGUCCUUAGCUUGGAGCAGCUGGCGGUUGCGAGCAACGACACGGCGCUGGCGGUUAUGAUGAAGAACGGUUGGUCGGCGGCGCUGACGUGUCCCUCCACAUGCGCCAACCUGCAGCUCUUCCAGUUCCUUACGGUUGACGCGGGCCAGGUGUGCAUCUGCGACCCCGCGGUGUUGAAGCUGGUGCUGCAGGCGACCCGCGCGGCGCUAGACGCGGUACCCGGCAUCUUUGUGGGCAUAUGGUUCAUGUACAUCUUUGGCGACUUCUUCAAGACCAGCCUUGCAUGCGACUUCACACAUGCCAUGCGGGAUGCAGAGGGGAGUACGGUGGGCGGGGCGUUCGCGGGAGCGGCGCGAGGGGCAGCGGGUGGGGGACGCGGCUACUAUACGUUGUAAGGGGCGGGGGUGUACCUUGUAUUAUUCUUCGACUGCACCAUCCUGUGAUGAAUUCAUAUUUGGCAAUGGCAAUGCCGUGAUCAGGGAAGAUUGCCGGUAUGAGGUCGUAUGAGGUAUGAUUAUCCGUACGUAUCUUGUACAUGAUUGCAUGCAAGGCACGUGGGGUCCAUGGGGCCAUGCCGCCAUGCUCUGUGUUUUAUAUAUGGCGUGAGCAUCGGGCACGGCGUCGGGGACUUGGGGCAUGCUGAGAGGCGCUGACACUUCGCGGGUUAAUGCUGAACAGGCUGGAGGAUUGGAUUGGCUGUCCAUGUGAGGCGGCUUCCGGAUGUCACUCUGGGCCUGUUGGAUUCCCUAGCCUGGUAGAUGCCCGUUGUUUUGCCAAACACAGUCUGCUUGCAACUCCACCGCUGCCGGCGAACGGAACCUAGUGGCAUGGUGAGGGAGUUAUUGCGUGGAGAUGAUGCCUUAGGGCCCUUCUGUGUAGUUGAGUAGGACAAGAGCAAGCAAUUGGGAGAGGUUCGCAUGUGAACCGCGAGUACAGGCAAAACAGAGGUGACCCCUCCCUCAAUGGGCGAAGUCCCGCAAGAGGAGGAAAGCCGACGGCCAAUCUAACACAUGCUAAUUAGUCACACGGCUUCAGUCAUGGACGUGAACUUUUCAUUCCUCAGACGCCCCAAGUAAGCGGUCGGAGGAUGGUUGAGCUGGGGAGAUAUUUCCUGGUCACAUUCAGACUGCUAUUUUACGGCCGUGGCAUGGUAUCCAUUUUGGUCGCGAUGGCUACUUGCAAGGCUUGCCCCGUCAGGAGCACAAUGUUUACCUCCCGGCAUGUACAUGUUGGCCAUGCAUGACCCGAGCUUAUGUUCUCUCGCUUAUAGAACCCGGAUGGACUCCUGGCAAGCUAAAACGGUAGGCAUAGCAAUUCUAACUCAACAGUUUGUUAUGGCUAGGGUGUGGCAACAUCGUACCGAGCACGGGCUACGCACAUGUACCAGUGUAGCAUAAUCAUGGACAGCCUGACAACCACUAAUAAUUUGCUUUGAGCAAACUAUUUUCGGUUGCCUGGGGGCUUGCCAGACCUUGAGAUCCAGAGUUCGUACUAUUUAAACCUUACUUUCCAGGGCUGCUACUCGCCCAGGGCUCAGGACAGGCAGGGACCUUACUGGAUGAUACUUUCUUUGCACAUGACAUUACAAAAAUGACGACUUCCAAUUCGCCAGAGCGUUGUUUCAGCCCUGCCAAAAGUGAAGCGAUGGAUAUUGACGCGAGCAACAUUUCUGCUUUCAAGACUUUCCACAACCCUGCAAUGGACAUGUCAGUCAGCUGCUCGCUUGCCCAGCUCGCAGACUUCAAGGGCCAUUUGCAGAAUCUGACGCCCAUGCAAACAGACCAAGGCGAGCAUGGCCACUUUUUCACACCUUUUAGCAACAAGGCGUUUGAGACUCCAGCUGACAGCCAGGCGUUCUACACGCCUGUGGAGACGGGCGUGAAAGGCCUGCAUUCUAGGUCGGGCACCAGCGUGAAACCAGCAAGACACAAAGUAUCGGUAUUCGCGCUAGCCGAUGAUGCAGAUCCACGCAGCAUGGCUCAGCAGCAGGCAUUCUUCGGGCCAGAAGCCAACUUUGCGGUUGACGAGCUUCGUGACAAGUUGACCGCUUCAGCAGAUCGCGAAGCCGACGGUAAAUGCACAGGCGCACACCAACUGGCCAGCCUGGAACACGCUUGCGACGAGGAAGAGGCCCCGGUCAGCGAGCACGGCGUAGUACUUGAGGUUCUGCGUGUGGCUAGCCCUGAGUUGCACCCCGAGGGCGAGGUAUGCUCACCAGCCCCUUCCUCAUCAGCUGGAAGCUUCACGGCUGCGCAAAAAAUCUCGCCAACACGUCGCCUCUCCGGCGCUAUCACCGAGGGAGACCUGGUUGAGGACAGCGCCUGCUGCGACGUCUGUUCAUCACCACCUGCCGAGGGCAUCCAGGAGACCCGACCGCUGACGGCUGUGUCUUGCCCGGGUGCCGCUGCAGAGGAACAGCUGAACUCAGCAGCACUCUGCCAGCCUGACGUGACGAACGUCCUGGUGCAGGCCCCAACGACCGGAGCACCCAGCGCUGACAGUUUCCCGCCGGCAGCUGCCUGCCCUCUUGCCGUCGUCCACGAGCAGGCGGAUGCGAUAGAAUCGAUAGUCACGCCUCACGCCGCGUGCCUUCCCACUAGCCCCUCGGCAACACCUUGCCCGCUCGCUGCCACGGACCAACCGGAGGAUGCAGCAGCAGCGAUAGCUACUGAUGCCGCGGACAUGCACCCUAGUCCAGCGGCAUCCUGCCAACCUUGCGACACGGAUUUCGGGGCGUCUGCUUCUGCGGCUGAUGCCGUGGACGUCACAUGCAGUCCGGCGGCAACCCCUUGCCAGCUCAGCGCAGUGGACGACCUGGCGGAAGCGGCAGCAACGACAGCGUCUGAUGCCGCUGAUCUACAUCCCAGCUCCGCAGCAACGCUUUGCCAGCUUGGCGGCGUGGAUGGCCAGGCGGUUGCAGCAACGGUGCCAGAAGCGGCUGAUGCAGCGGAUGUUAAGCCUAGCCUGGCGGUAGCACCUUGCCAUGUCGACGGCACAGACGACCUGGCGGACGCUGCAGCGCCAACGGCACCUGACGCUGCAGGCCUCCAGCCUUACCCUGCAGCAGUACCUUGCCAGCUUGUCGCCAUUGAUGACCAGUUCGCCGCGGCACUUGCAGGUGGCGAUGCAGUCGACGUCCAGUGUAGCCUUGCGGCAGCGGGUUGCGCCCCCGACGCCAUGGACCAGCUGGCGGGUCCGGUAGCUGCAGAGGCUGAGAUCACGGACUUCCAUUUUAUCCCGAUUGCAGCGUCGCCUGCGCCUGAGGCUGCGGAUCUCCAGCCCAGUCCGGCAGCAGCAGAUGGCCAGCUCAGCGCCGUGGAGGACCAGGUGGAUACGGCAGCAGCAGCAGCGCCUGAGGCCGCGGACGUCCAGCCUAGUCCGGUCGCAGAUGGCCAGCAUGAUGCCGAUCUGGAGCUGAUCCCUGCAGCUGCAGCUUCUGCGUCCGAGGCAGAUACCGCUCAAGUGGCCCCGCCGGCAGAAGCCGAGCCAGAACCCGGUGCUGGCGACGAGCCCGUGGUCGUCAACGAUGAGAGCAUGCAGGAUGAGCUAGUGGAGGGCAGCGACGCUACAGGUGCAGGGGAUGCGAUGCCAAGUCCUUCGGAAAACACGCAGGUGGUGGGCACAUCGGCCACGCCGACCUCCGCUCCCGGCUGUUCAGUGGAGGCGGCGGGCCUAGCAGCAUCUGCACCGUUUUCAUCGGACGUCGAUGCACAGGCUGUCGUUGCCGGUGGCACGAUCGACGGCGCGGCUUCGACCUCCGCGGCCACUAUAGCACAUCGCCGCUCCAGUCAGCAUGACGCUGCACCCGUGUCCAGCCGGAUCUUGUCACCCAAGGCAAACAGGGAGCGAGCGAAGGCCGCUGCCCAGCAGGCAGCGCAAGUGCCGCACCGCCAAGGCAGCGCCGCCCAGCAGCAUCCCGCGGUACUCGCACCUGCCGCAGCGGUCGUGAGCCCUUGCCGUCACCGACCUAUCGCAUCCGAGGCCGUCGCCAUGCCGCCAGCCGCCAUUGCGGCCAAAGCCCCUGGUAUCAUGAGCCCCGUACGCGCAGCAAACCUGAUGAGUCCCACCCGCCGUGCAAGCAUGGUUACCAAGGCCGUCAGCUCGCCAGUCGCGAACAAGGCCGCCGCCGCUGCACCUGUCGUGGACCAAGCGGGUGCCGCGGAUGGGUCCAGCACGCCCUUUUUCCUCAAGCGCGUGCGGCCUGUCGUGUUUGGGUCGCCUCCUGUGACGCCCUUUGAUGCCAUUAAGGAUCGCCCGGUUGCGGACCGUGUUGCCCCUCUGCCUGCUCCGGCCCUGCAUGCAGCUGCCAGCAACGCUUCCGCGCCGGCGCCUGACGGCCCCUCGUCCGGGGGCGUAGUGGCCGCGCCCGCAGGUGGAGCUGCAGCCGCUCCUACCGUUCGCCGCGCAUCGGACCAUCAGCCUGCAACACAGCAGCAGACCAAGCGACCUGGCCCUGCAAAGGCAGGCAGUGCCGCGCCGGUCGCAACCGCAGGGGCCAAAGGGGCAGAUAGCAAUGUGGAGAGCAGGGCCCGUCCGGGUGCACGCGGCACCGUGCCUGCGACAAGGCAGCAUACGGCGGCUGACGCUCGCACUAAGCCAGACAGCCGCCCUAAGCCAGCUGCGCUGGCCAAACUGGCGGCAACAAAGGCAGCGAAGCCCGUCAUCCAAGCAGUGAAGAAGGACGAGACUGGGCGCCGUGCGUCAGCGGAGCCAACUGCCGCCAAAGCUGCGGGCGUCGGGCCGGAUGCGUCGACAAGCGCGCAGGUCGGCACGCAGCAGGCAGAAAUGCGGGUAAUCCUUACCCGCAAGGUCAUCGCCGCGGGGGCUGCCGGACCAGGCGCGACAGCCGGUCGGUAUGGUCGGACGCAGGCUGUAGCACCCGCUCCGUCGGCGGUGCCCGUCACUGGUGAUUCGGACGGCGACAGCCCCAAUAAGAUACCCCCUUCCAAGCGCCACGCUGCACUUACAACUUCACCGUCAAAGCGUCCGCGCCAGGAUGGCGAGGCUGCCGCUCCUUCAACGGCAACAGCAGCUGCUGCGGCGCCGUCACAACCCCUGGCUGGUAUCCCGUCUUCCACCCCAUCCGCUCCAGACGGCAGUGCUACCAAGGCGCCCGCUGCGCCGACCAGCGGCUCCACUCCCAGCAGCCCUAUGCUGCCGAGCAGCAGGGCCUCCCCGGCAGGCGCUCGCCCGUCUUCUGGGGGCUCGGCGCAGGAGCAGGCGGCGAGGCAUCUUUCUCCUGCGGCAUCGGCGCGGAGGUCCCCUGGAGGUGCAGCUGUGGCAGACGCUGCCAGGUCGCCAAGUUCCGUCGCUAAGCAGCAACCGGGAGCGCUCGGCGCCAACAUUGCUGCAGAUAUGGUGCCGCUGCUUCGCCAGCCUGUGGCUGUCCGCAGCCCGGCUGGGUCCUCGGGAGGUAGCAGGCCGGUGCCUAUCGGCGUUGCUCUUGCAGCUGCAGCGAACAACGCGGCUGCUGCAGGUGCAGUGCCUGCCAAGGAGCCAGCAAACGACACAGCUGCUGCUGCUGCACCCAAGGAUCUCAGCGCUGUAGAGGAAGCAGCGAAGCCGGCGCUUACGGUAGGUGAGUCGCAGCCAGCAGACAGUGCGAAGGAGGACGGCGCGAAGACUACGGAGCAGCAGACGGCCAAGGGUGUUCAGCCGGGCGAGCCGCAAGCCCGCAAGGCAGCGACUGGGUCACACCACACCGGCGCGGCUUCAGCUCCCAAGCCGGAUGCCAAGACGGCGGCGGCUGCCGGCGGUGGUGCAGGCAGUGCAGCCGCAGCCCGCGCUAGUCAACGCCCAGGGGCUGCAAACACCACCACUACGCGUCCCGUGCAGCCGGCAAAGGCGGCAACCGCUUCCAGCAGGCCCGCUGUUAAUCAGAAACCGGCUGCAGCGCCAAGCGCCGCCGCAGCCAAGGUGCCUGUUGCAUCAGCAGGCGGGGCAGCUGGUGCAAGCAAGGCAGGAGCCAUUGUCCGGCCGACUGUGAAGGAGUCUGGUCAGCAGCGCAGCGGUGGUAGCGGCAGGGCGGAGCCAACUGGCGUCGCUAAGCCUUCUGGUCACGGCAGCACCCAGUCCGCUGCGGUGCGCAGUGCCGUGAACAUGCAGCAGAAGCAUGACGUCCGCAGCGGCUCGGCCCCUGGCGCUGGAGCGCAGAGCGAGCAGGCGCGGCUGGCGGUAGCGCGAGGCCCCAGGCAGGAGGAGCAGCAACGUCGGCAGCCUGGGGCUGCCCCGGCGCGGCUGACAGCAGGACAUACAGCACCACAGCAGCUGCUGCUGCCUAACCCCUUUGCCAAGCCCUCAGCGGCCGCUAGCGCCCUCGUCCCAUCAGCGGUGGCGCAUGCCUCGCAGCCAACUGCCAAGGGGAAGGCAGCUCCUCGCGCCAGCACCCCUCCGCAACGGAAGCCGGGCCUUGGAGCCAUUGCCAGCCCCGUCUCCAAACCUUCGCCGAGCAAAGCUACUGUGGUUGCUCCUCGUCCGCUGGCGGCCUCCAAGGACGCGGCAAAGAAGGAGGCUAAACCUGCUCGCCAGCCGGCAGCCGCAGCGACCAAGGCCCCCAGUGCCGAGCCAGCGCUGGCUAAGAAGCCUGCGAAGGUGGCAGUGGCGGCACCACAGCCCUCUUCCGCCGCCGCCAGUUCAGAAAAGACGGCGGUGGAGGAGGAAGGAACCGUGGCAGGCGCCAACGAGACGGCCUUCCCGGCGGCCUCCGACAACGGUGCUGGUGGUGCUCCAGAGGUCAUCUCGCAGCAGGAGUGCGAGGCACCAAGUGGCAGCGAGAAUGUAGCCGAGAGCCUGCAGGAUCCCGAGCCCAUGGCCAUGACGCCCCUGCGCCCGGCGCCCUUGGAGAUGCCAGCAGCUGAUCAACGGGAGGCAGGCCCCGCUAAGGGUGACAGCGGUGACCAGGAUGCGCAUGCGCCUCCGGAUGCGGCGAUGGAGACGACGCCGAAGCCCGAGCGCCCGGACCUGAGUUGGCUGGUGGACAGCAGCCCGUGCGCCAGCCUAGCUGCAACACCGUACGGCUUUACGGACGCGGGCAACGGGCAGGGAUUUAGCUUCCCCGUCGACGAGCCCCAGGACAGCAACGUGCCGCUGGACGCAACCUUUGCCAACGCCUUUGGUUUUGGUGGUGGCGGCGAGAGUGCGUCCCCGGCAGCGGAGCAGCCGGUCUUCGCACCCUGCAUGGGCGACUCUAUCUCUCUUUCGCCUGUCGGUGCUCUGCUCCAGAACACCGUUAGCGACGAGACGGACUGCGUGCCCAUGUCGGUUGACAGGCCGCCGGCGCCACAAGGAGUUCUAGCGGGACGUGAGGCCACGCCGAUCAGCCUACGCUUGAAGCCGUCUGGCGAGGUUUCCAUGCUGACGCCUGGGCCAGUGUUCCAGUUUGCGGCGCCGCCGCCUGCCGCAUCCAAGCAAGGCAACGACGGCAGCACUCCCGUCCUCUUCCCGCAACCCAAGCUGCGCUUCUCCUGGGAUCCCACCGCACCAGGCGCCACGUUGCCUGUCCCUGGCGGUCUCUACACAUCCCCGGGCAUGGCAAUCAGCGGCUUUGGGAGCAUGGGCUCCGCUGCUGCAGGCGAGGCUACCCCCACCAGCACCGCAGCCGCUGCCGGUAGCUUUGGCCCGGGAAAGGCGGCUGGCGCAAGCUCCGGAGGCCCCAGUGCUCAGGCUGCGAAUUCCGCAGAUCGUGACCUGCCCGAAUACCUUAACCCAGUUAAGUGCGCUUCACCCGACGCGCCCGUGCAUGUCAACUUUGCCAGCGCGGGCACCGGGGCCGUAGGCGGCGGUCCGGGGGCUGGUGCUGGUGGCGUGGAGGAUGGGGGAAUGGUGAUGUUUGGUGGCGGGUGGGCAAGACCGGGCCGGGUGGCUCAAGACAGCUAUGAUGAGUUGAGGAUUUCCAGUGUGUCGAGCUGGCCCAUGCUUCAGCGUUAAGGGUCGGUUACAGCUAUGAAGGCAGUAGCCGAGGGGGUAAUCUGGGGUAAUGUAACAUAAGAUGUGCGUAGGAGAAGGUAACAGGGCGCUGGCGGUUGCGUCGAACUGUGCGCGCGUGAUCGAUGUUUAGGUAAUACAUACAUAGGUGGAGCCAAGAUGUCAGUCUCAUGAGAACUGGGCUAAGUUGCGUCCUCGAGCAUCGGGGCCAAAGCUCCUCUACAAGGCAUGUCCAGUCCUGCCGUACCGCGGGUCCAUUACUAAACAGACGAGGAAGGUUGCAUCCUUCAGAGCUUGCGUAGUUGGGUUCAAGCUUGUAAUAGUUCUGCGUCUUAGAUAUAUAAGGAAAAUUACUACUGCGCUAGAUUGGACGCCAGCUGACAUCGGUGACGAGUUUGCUGCAACCGCAUAAGUGAAAAAAUGGAAAUUGAUGUUCCUAUUAAAGAAGAAGUGGUACAGGAACAGCGGGUCAUCCUUGGGGCACCAGCAGAUGCAAUGGAAACAGAGCGCCCACGUGGGGAGCCGGGACCACCGCAAGAGGCCAGCACAAGCAUCCAGGCACAGCAGCAGACCGCGCCUUUGGGUCGGCUCUCCGGACUUUCGCGGCGUUACAGCUUGUUGGAGCUAACUCAGAUGGGUGAAGGCUUCGAAGUCAAGCAGCAGCUGGAUUUGUUGCAGGCACGCCUUCGACAAGGUGCUCUCCUCUUUCAGCCAACUAUAUGCAAACCACGUUCAACUACCAUCCGCGAAAUAGAGUUCCUGCACGAGCUUGGGAUAAGCGUACCAGACUGGCACUCCCAUAGAACCACUCGAAGCCGCCCGGCGCACACCUCGUCCCACGGGCAUUUACGAGGGAACCCCCGCGCAAGACCGGCGCCGCAACACCACAUGGCCAGCGGGAAGGUUGGGAACGCGAUCAAGCUGCUACGCGCUGUCAAAAGCAAAGCAAACGGGUCAGGACGCACGUACACAUCCAAAUACCGCGGCGUGCACCAAACCUUCCCCACGAAGCGCUGGGAGGCCCAAUUCCGGCGCAACGGCAAACCCACUUCGCUCGGCUGCUUCGAUAACGAGGAGGAGGCAGCGCGCGCGUACGACAAGAUGAUGCUGUGGUGCGAGCUGCACAACGCGGCGGGCGUGAAGAGCGGCAUCACCAACUUUGAUGCCACGGAGUACGAAAAGGACUUUGCCUGGCUGCAGGCUGUCAGCCAGGACGAGCUCAUCGAGACACUGCGCGGCGAGGGUCGGCGCCAGGCGGCGCACCGCAUGAUGCGCCAGAAGCGCGAGGGCGGUCAAACAGACGCCACCACCGAGGACUUUGAGGAGCAGGCGCCCGCGCACACCGGCCCCAGCCUCAGCCUCGGGCAGCCGCCGCUGCCGCAGCAGCCGCUAGCACAGCAGCAGCAGCAGCUCCUGCCGCAGCAGGCACACCGAUCGCAGCCGCCGGAGCCGCAGUCGCGGCCAGGGCUGGUCCCGACGCAGAGCGGGCCCCAGCAGGUGCUACCGCCGCUGGGGCUGCUGGCGCCGCAGUCGUCCUUGCAGGCGGUGGACCUAGGGGCCUCAGAGGCGGCGGUGCAGGGAGCAAGCGCGAGUGCGGCUGGGGAUGCGGCGGGGUUGCAAUCUGCAGCAAGCGGCCAGGAGGGCCUGGCGGGCGGUGGCGCAGCGGCGUUGCUGGAUGCGACGGCACAUGUGGCAGGGAGCGCUGUGGCGGAUGUGGCCAUGGGGGAAGCAGGCGCCGCUGGGGCCGACGGGAGCAAAGUGGAGCCGCGUAGAGGGGUAGCGGCGCCUGCAGGGGUGGCGGGCUCGGGUCUUGACGUGCUGACCAGCGACGAGUAUCUGUUGGACGUGUGAGAGGGCCGUUGAGGGCGGCGGGGUUGUGCAACGGAGUUGAGGUUCAUUGGGCCACAGGAAACUGACAGACCGACAAUGGGGGUUAUCAUGCAAAUGGUGGGUUUCGUGGGUUGGUGGUGGGAAGGGCCGAGGAAGGGAGGGGACGCGACACACGAGUUGGGCUAGGCUCGCUGCGACAUGCAUCUUACAGCAAGAUGCGCAUGGGGGUGGUAAGCGAGUUUGGAUUCAUUCAAUGGCCAGCAACAUGCUGGUGUGGGGUGGGGAACUGGUUUGGGCUAUCGUGUCGUUUGUGCAGGAGGGUUGCUGCCCGCUGCAGGUGCGGCAUGGCUUUGAGUGAGAGAAGGCAGUUUGUGUUUUGUUGGCCUUCAGUGCGGCGUGUGCGGAGCUUUGUAUGGUUUGAAGCGCAACGUUAUCCUUCAUGAGCCUGUUGCAUUGACUACUUCCGGGGCUCUGUACGUCCUGUGUUGCAACUGCUGUAUUAAGACACAAGGACGGACUUGUAAAGGACGGCCCCAGCCGUAUUAUGCGUUGCAUCAGACGGUGCUGCAGAUUAUGCCGUUACGGAGAGUGCAAAUGUUAAAUCCCGGCUUUGGGCACUUAUGCCAAUCUUACACGGCUGUAACGCAUAACUGACUGGGCCCAACAAAUUCGUCAUCAGCUCGUAAAUGCAGCAAUGAAAGUAAGAGCAGACGCUCAUAUCCUUCGACUUAUUUUUGUUGCGGUCUGCUGUCUUUGUACUGUUUGGCUUGUUCGGUCUCCAUCCCAGUUGGCAGCAGCGCUCUACGCACCGAACCUCAAGGCCUCUGGAAAAACGGGCAACUCAGGUGCUAAAGCAGCUGUAAAUAUGGGCAAGGCGGAGGCUCUGAAUGAGAUUAAGGCGGCGAUCUCCGCGAACAAGGUGAUGGUCUACAGCAAGUCCUACUGCCCCUACUGCACCAAGGCCAAAAACGCUCUCAACCAAUUCAUCAGCCCCAGCAAGUACACCGUUGUAGAGCUGGAUCAGCGUGGCGACACAGAUGCGAUGCAGGACGCAUUGCUAGAGGUCACGGGCGGCCGCAGCGUGCCUCGCGUUUUCAUCAACGGCCGCUUCAUCGGCGGCGGCGACGACACGGCGGCGGCCGCCGCUAACGGCUCCCUGCAGAGGAUGCUGUCGGAAGCGGGUGUGCUGUAGUGUGGAUGUAGCGUUGACGGAAUGUUGAUCGAGUGCUUGGAUGACGAGGGAAAGCGGCGGGGUUAGGGCUACAGCGUUCAUGGUUUGCAAGGACUGUUGUCGUUGGCGUUGUGUUGGGGGGUGUUGAUCUGUUGAGACAGAAAGGUGCUCUUCCUCCGUGCAUACCAAUUUACCAAGCAUGCACUCGAAUUGGUCGGGCUCGGUAUUGUGGUUGGGCUCGGUACUGGGUAACAUUUAGUGGUUGGGCUCGGUAUUGCGUAUAGCUAGCAAUUUAGAGCAGCUGUGGAAUGGCGUGUGGCAGGAAAAAAUACGCAGGAUGGGGGACGUGGCAAUCGCUGCAGUUAUACCUUGACAUUGCAAGUACCGGUAUUUGAAGGAUCACUCCGUAUCGCUGUCUGAGCCCACCAAUGACACGCACGCGCGCGCGCUGCUUCACAGCAUGGCAGGCACG